CGAUCAUGGGUUCUUCUUCUAGAAAUUUGUACGCAGAAAUAGGUGAAGGACAAUCAACCACACGGCCACCUCUUUUUGAUGGAACCAACUAUACAUAUUGGAAAGAACAAAUGAGAAUCUAUAUUCGUUCCACGAACUUCCAAUUAUGGUUGGUUAUCAAAAACGGGGAAGAGGUGCCAAUGAAGAAAGUUGGAGACAAGUUGAUCCCCAAGACCGAAGACGAGUUUGAUGCCGAGGACAUCAAAAAGGUCGAGAACUAUGCAAAGGAAAUAAACAUGCUUUAUUGUGCCGUAAAUCCUGAUGACUACCGCAAGAUUUCCUGCUGCUCAACCGCCAAGGAGAUGUGGGAUAAGUUAGAGGUGACGUACGAAGGAACGGACCAAAGAAAAGGCAUAGCAUUAAAAGCCUCCAAAGAACCGACAAUGAAUGACUCAAGCGACGAAGAUGAAGUCAAGCUCAUCAUGAAGAAGUUUUGCAAACUUCUAAAGAAAGAGAAGGCUGAGGAUGGCCCUGUGUGCUUUGGAUGUGGUGAAGCCGGGCACAUCAAGAACAAAUGCCCAAGAAACGGAAGAAAUGCUCGUCACUUCAAAGAGCAAAGAGCAUACAUCUCUUGGGGUGGCGACUCCGGCGAUGAGUCAAGCGAGCAAGAGGAAGACGAGGAAGCAAACCUUUGUCUCAUAGCUCAAGAAGAAGAGGAGUCCGCCAACGACGAAAACCAAGAGGGAAGCUUGUUUCCCUUGGUUGUACGAAGGAAAGGUAUUUUCCUUCGGGUUGAAGUCUUGGAGUGCGGUAUUUCCGAGCAAGUGUUGUUGAGGCUCGUGGGACUCGAGUUCUCAGGUUGUAACGGUUUGUUAAGCACCCACAAGAGCAGGGCUGCCACCUCCGGGAGAUCAAAGUCCAAAUCCCGGGUGCCUACGACAUCCUCCGAGGAACGUCUCUACUACGGCGAUGGGUCGUACCUCUGGUUCGAUUCUGAGGAGGAGCGCACCCGCUUUCUCACCUUUUUCUCUAAACGGGUUGUGGCUCCCCCACGAAUCAUCCCAGAGCGCUACCCGGAGUUGCAGGGCUACGACGACCUAGACGCGCAGCUUCAUCAACCCGGCCUUUGGCCGUUCGUCUCCCGGGCGCGAAAGGAGAUCAACCCGGCGCUGAUCCGGGCCUUCUACUCCAACCUCAGGCGUGAGGACGACGUCAUCUACAGCCUCAUCAAGUCUACGCCAAUUGAGCUCACCGUGGAGCAGCUUGGGCGCAUCGCCGGCCUCCCCUUCCAAGGCGAAGACGUCUCCCACUAUGGCGGAGAGGACUGGGUGCUCAACAACGAGGGCCUUAUCCUCAACGAGCUUGGCAUCACCGAGCUCAUCCGCCAUGCCUCGGGCUGCCCCACCAUCCACUCCGGAAACCCCGAAGGCCGUCUUGUCCUCUACAUCGUGUCCCGGAUCAUCAAACCCCGGAAGCAUGGCCACACAAUCAUGUCCGGUAACCACCACCGUUGGCCCGCUCAUGAAGGCCACGAAGCUUUGGACAAUCAGAAACCAAACCUUCACCAAGCGGUCGGACAACGCCGCGACUGCCACUGCCGCGCCACGCCACGCCGCACUGCCCCUGCCGCUGGUCCAGCCGAACCCCAGGCCCGGGCCAACCUCGCCUCCAUUGCCGACUCUCUCAACCGGCUCCACCUCAAAGUUGACGGGAUGGAGGGAUACCUUGAACGGCUCGACGUGGCUGUUCAAUGCCAAGGGUACGCCAUGAACGCGUACUUCCAAGGCAUCAACUAUGUCCCUCCACCACUCCAUGGCACAUUCCUCGGGGAAGUGUACCGUGAUGAAGACGAAGAGGAUGGCUCCUACUCCCAAUCAAGCUCCCAGGACGAGGAUAAGUUCGACGAUGCCAUUGAUGGUGAUGAGAUGGACGUCAACGACGACGAGGAAGAAACCGAAGACGAAAACUAGGACACCCCUAGAAUUUCUAUCUCUUUUCCUUUAAUUAUCUUGUUUUUUUGCUUCCGUUGUACUCCGCUAUUUCCUUUUAAUAAAUGAAAGUGUCUUUU